AUGUUAACUCAUUUUUUACUGGCAAUCUUGUUCCUUAGUGGAAUACAAGCCAAUCAACUACGAAUCUAUGACAAUCCAAUGAACAAUCGAGCGAUCGAUUUGUUUAUCUUAGUCGAUGAGAACACUUCAAGGUUAACUCCAGUACAAUUUGGGCAAAUAAAGAUUACUGUGAAGAACAUCGUUACUGAUUUGCAACCGCAAAGCUCGACACCUUACUUUGGCGUUUACUUCUAUGGAUCUACAUCAUUAGUUGAUACAGUCGUGCCGUUUGGCUCUAAUUCUGCCGCGACUGUUUCUAAGAGUGUUGAUUUGAAGCAAUAUACAGCGACACAAUUAAAUCCAUCAAGUCUUAGUGCAGCUUUAGACUCGGUUAAUGCAGCAUGUUAUGCGUCUUGCCGGGAAAAAAUUUCGCGAGUAACGGUUAUAUUUACCUCAUCACCGGAUCUAGCUGCUGAAGCUCGUAUUCGUCAAUUAGAAGACAAUUUUGGCAUGACUGUCAUCAUUGUUGGCAUCGGUUCAGGAAUUACUACAUCUGUUUUACAAAAAUUAGCAUCGCAUCCCACUGAUGAAUACGGUCUUC